UCUUCAACACAUCCAACCUAUUUUUGGGGUUUUCCCUUAACAAUUUUCUAUAAUUUUUCCAUUUGAUAUACAGUUGUAUGCACGUUUGCUACCUAGAAAACUGAUACUCCCUUUAAUUAGUUUGAAAAAACAAAGCUUUUAUCUUCCCUGAAUUGACAACAAAACAUCUACUAUUGACGCCAUUCUGAGAUCUAAGAACACCAAUGUCUGUUUCUGAACGUGUUGUUCAUUUGGCUUUCCUCCCAAGUGCUGGGAUUGGCCAUCUUAACCCAUGUCUUAGAAUAGCAGCACUGUUCCUCCGCUAUGGUUGCAAAGUCACUCUCAUCACUCCCAAACCCACAGUCUCUCUCGCUGAAUCAAACCUCAUCUCUCGCUUCUGUUCUUCCUUCCCUCACCAAGUUACCCGAACAGACUUAAAUCUCAUCCCUUUGGAUCCAACCACAGUUAACACCAGUGACCCUUUUUGGCUUCAGUUUGAAACCAUUCGUCGUUCGGUUCACCUUCUAGCUCCAAUCCUAUCUUCACUUUCAACACCUCUCUCUGCUUUCAUUUACGAUGUUAGCUUAAUUUCACCUCUAAUUCCAGUCACUGAGAAACUCACUUGUCCGUCUUACAUUUACUUCACCUCAUCAGCUAGAAUGCUCUCUUUUUUCGCACACCUUUCUGUUCUUGCUGCUCCAAAUCAAGGUGCACACCCUUCUUCAUUCAUUGGUGAUGAUAUCAAAAUCCCAGGAAUUGCAUCACCAAUACCAAGAUCCUCGGUCCCUACUGUGCUUCUUCAACCCAACUCUCUCUUUGAGAGCAUCUUCAUGGAGGACAGUGCCAACCUCGCGAAGCUGAAUGGGGUUUUCAUCAACUCGUUUGAAGAACUAGAAGGAGAGGCGCUAGCAGCACUCAACGAAGGAAAAGUGGCUAAAGGGUUGCCUCCAGUGUAUGGUGUUGGUCCCUUAAUGGCGUGUGAAUUUGAAGAGGUGGAUCAAGGUGGACAAAGGGGUGGUUGCAUGCGUUCAAUAUUGGAGUGGCUUGAUGAACAAAGUGAAACUUCGGUGGUGUAUGUUUGCUUCGGGAAUAGGACAGCAACAAGGAGGGAGCAAAUAAAGGACAUGGCUUUGGGGUUGGUAGAAUGUGGGUAUAGUUUUUUGUGGGUGGUGAAGUUGAAGGAGGUUGACAGAGAAGAGGAGGAGGAUUUGGAGGAAGUGUUGGGGAGUGAGUUGAUGAAUAAGGUGAAGGAAAAGGGUGUAGUUGAGAAGGAGUUUGUGGAGCAGGUGGAGAUUCUGGGGCACCCUUCAGUGGGGGGGUUUGUGAGUCAUGGAGGGUGGAACUCAAUAAUGGAGACUGUGUGGGAAGGAGUGCCUAUUCUGUCAUGGCCUCAGAGUGGGGAUCAGAAGAUAACUUCAGAGACAGCAAGGAUAAGUGGGGUGGGGAUUUGGCCUCAUGAGUGGGGAUGGGGAGCACAAGAGGUGGUGAAAGGUGAGGAAAUUGCUAAGAGAAUCAAAGAGAUGAUGAGCAAUGAAUCUCUGAGGGUAAGAGCUGCAGAAAUGAAGAAGGCAGCUAGGAAGGCUGCAGCUGCUGGUGUUGGUGGGAGUUGUGAGGUUAUUAUUAAGAGACAAAUUGAGGGGUGGAAGAGGAAUUCUCAAGCUACUUGAAUAUCAGUACUCAGUACUACUUAGCUACUUACAAAGGCUAAGUAGUUUGUUGUUAUGGUUGAUUGUGGUUAUAUUUCCAACUUGGUUGAGUUUUGUUGGGUGUUUAAUGUUUUUAUUUUGUAACAAAAUAUUUGUCUUGUUUAUUACUAUACUAUGUUUUAAUA